GGUAUUUGGCUGACCUGUUUGCUGCUGACUAGGCUUUGUCCUUCCAAUAGUCAAUAUGAGUAGGAUGGACAGGGAAGAAUUUGGGGAGGCUGCUGAGUUCCUCCGGAAAAGUUAUGAGGAGAUGAUGAAGUAUCAGACUAUGGCAUUUGAUGGAAAGAAAAGAGCCUGGAUUCCAGAUGAGAAGGAGGCUUUUAUUGAAAUUGAAAUUAAAGAAUCCUCUGGUGGCAAAGUCACAGUGGAAACCAAAGAUAGAAAGACUCUUGUGGUUAAAGAAGAUGAUGUUCAAGCUAUGAAUCCUCCAAAAUUUGACAUGAUUGAAGAUAUGGCUAUGUUAACUCAUCUCAAUGAGGCUUCAGUCCUGCAUAACCUAAAAAGGCGUUACACCAAGUGGAUGAUCUAUACCUAUUCAGGCUUGUUCUGUGUCACCAUAAAUCCAUACAAAUGGCUUCCAGUCUAUACAGCUCCUGUUGUAGCAGCUUAUAAAGGCAAGCGGAGGUCUGAGGUCCCGCCCCACAUCUACGCCAUUGCAGACAAUGCCUACAAUGACAUGCUGCGCAAUCGAGAGAAUCAGUCUAUGCUUAUCACCGGAGAAUCUGGUGCUGGUAAGACUGUAAACACCAAGCGAGUCAUUCAAUACUUUGCCAUUGUCGCAGCCCUGGGUGACUCUCCGGGCAAGAAAGGACAAGCACCUGCCACUAAAACUGGGGGUACCCUCGAAGAUCAAAUCAUUGAGGCUAACCCUGCUAUGGAAGCUUUUGGCAAUGCCAAAACCCUAAGAAAUGACAAUUCUUCACGGUUUGGCAAGUUCAUCCGUAUCCAUUUUGGACCAUCAGGGAAAUUGGCAUCUGCUGACAUUGACAUAUACUUGUUGGAAAAAUCAAGAGUGAUUUUCCAGCAGCCAGGAGAGAGGAGUUACCACAUUUACUACCAAAUCCUUUCUGGAAAAAAGCCAGAGCUACAAGAUAUGCUUUUGGUGUCUUCCAACCCUUAUGACUAUCACUUCUGUUCACAAGGAGUAACAACUGUGGACAACCUGGAUGAUGGAGAAGAGCUCAUGCUUACAGAUCAUGCUAUGGACAUCCUGGGGUUCACCAAUGAAGAGAAGUAUGGCUGCUAUAAAAUAGUAGGUUCCAUCAUGCAGUUUGGCAACAUGAAAUUCAAGCAGAAGCAACGGGAAGAACAGGCAGAGGCUGAAGGCACUGAAAGUGCUGAUAAAGCCUCUUACCUCAUGGGGAUCAGCUCAGCUGACCUCAUCAAGGGGUUGCUUCAUCCAAGAGUGAAAGUUGGAAAUGAAUAUGUCACCAAAGGCCAGACUGUAGAUCAGGUGGUGUAUGCAGUAGGAGCUUUGGCCAAAGCCACUUAUGAUCGUAUGUUCAAAUGGCUAGUUAUGCGUAUCAACAAAACCUUGGACACCAAACUAGCCAGGCAAUUUUUCAUUGGAGUUCUGGAUAUUGCUGGCUUUGAGAUCUUUGAGUUUAACAGCUUUGAACAGUUAUGCAUCAACUUCACCAAUGAGAAAUUGCAACAAUUUUUCAACCAUCACAUGUUUGUUUUGGAACAAGAAGAAUACAAGAAAGAAGGAAUCGAAUGGGUCUUUAUUGACUUUGGCUUGGACUUGCAGGCUUGCAUUGAUCUGAUUGAAAAGCCACUUGGUAUUCUGUCUAUUCUGGAGGAAGAAUGUAUGUUUCCCAAGGCUUCUGAUAUGACAUUCAAGGCCAAGCUGUAUGACAAUCACAUUGGGAAAUCACCCAACUUCCAGAAGCCUCGGCCAGAUAAGAGGCGCAAAUAUGAAGCCCACUUUGAGGUGGUGCAUUAUGCAGGAGUGGUGCCUUAUAGUAUAAUUGGCUGGCUAGAUAAGAAUAAGGAUCCCUUGAAUGAGACAGUGGUAGGUGUCUUCCAGAAAUCCCAAAAUAAGCUGUUGAAUAGUUUAUAUGAAAGCUAUGUCAGCUCUUCUUCAGAUGAGCCCCACAAGGCAGGUGUCAAAGAAAAGCGUAAGAAGGCAGCUUCAUUCCAAACUGUGUCUUCAAUGCACAAGGAAAACCUGAACAAACUGAUGACCAAUUUGCGUGCUACCCAGCCCCAUUUUGUCCGCUGCAUUAUCCCUAAUGAAACAAAGACUCCAGGAGCCAUGGAUCCUUUCCUGGUGAUGCAUCAGCUGCGGUGUAAUGGCGUCCUUGAGGGCAUUCGCAUCUGUAGGAAAGGGUUUCCAAAUAGGAUCCUGUAUGCUGACUUCAAGCAGCGUUAUCGUAUCUUGAACCCAGCUGCAAUACCCGAUGACAAAUUUGUAGAUAGCAGGAAGGCCACAGAAAAACUGCUGCUUUCCUUGGACAUCGACCACUCCCAAUAUAAGUUUGGACAUACCAAGGUAUUUUUCAAAGCUGGUUUGCUGGGUCUACUGGAAGAGAUGCGAGAUGAACGGCUGGCUAAGAUUAUCACCCUCCUGCAGGCGAGGAUGCGUGGUCGCCUCAUGCGAAUUGAAUACAAGUUAAUCAUCACCAGAAGAGAGGCACUCUACACCAUCCAGUGGAACAUCCGUGCUUUUAAUGCUGUGAAAAACUGGUCUUGGAUGAAACUCUUCUUUAAGAUCAAGCCUCUCCUCAAGUCAGCUCAGACUGAGAAGGACAUGGCUAUCCUCAAGGAGGAAUUACAGAAACUGAAGGAAGCUCUGGAGAAGUCAGAAGCUAAACGGAAGGAACUGGAAGAGAAACAAGUUGGCAUAAUCCAGGAAAAGAAUGACUUGUCUCUACAGCUUCAAGCAGAGCAAGAUAAUUUGGCUGAUGCAGAGGACAGAUGUGAUCUCUUGAUUAAGACCAAAAUUCAGCUAGAAGCCAAAGCGAAAGAACUGGUGGAGCGUCUGGAGGAUGAAGAGGAAAUGAAUGCUGAGCUGACUGCUAAAAAACGAAAACUGGAGGAUGAGUGUGCUGAGCUGAAGAAAGACAUUGAUGACCUGGAGAUCACCCUGGCCAAAGUGGAGAAGGAAAAGCAUGCCACAGAAAACAAGGUGAAAAACCUGGUUGAAGAAAUGGCUGCUUUGGAUGAGAUCAUUGCUAAGUUAACCAAGGAGAAAAAGGCACUACAGGAAGCCCACCAACAAGCUUUGGAUGACCUGCAAGCUGAGGAGGACAAAGUCAAUACUCUAACCAAAGCUAAAGUCAAGCUGGAACAGCAAGUGGAUGAUCUGGAGAGUUCUUUGGAGCAAGAAAAGAAGAUACGGAUGGACCUGGAAAGAGCGAAGCGCAAGCUAGAAGGUGAUUUAAAACUAACACAAGAAUCUGUGAUGGAUCUGGAGAAUGAUAAACAGCAACUUGAGGAGAAACUCAAAAAGAAAGACUUUGAAAUGAACCAAUUAAAUUCAAGAAUUGAAGACGAACAGAUUCUUGGAAUUCAGCUGCAGAAAAAAAUUAAAGAGCUCCAGGCUCGAAUUGAGGAACUGGAAGAGGAGCUUGAGGCAGAACGAGCUGCCAGAGCCAAAGUGGAGAAGCAAAGAGCUGAAGUAGCUCACGAGCUGGAAGAGCUGAGCGAGCGGCUUGAAGAGGCAGGUGGUGCCACAGCCUGCCAAAUAGAGCUGAACAAGAAACGUGAAGCAGAGUUCUUGAAGUUACGCAGGGACCUGGAAGAAGCCACCUUGCAGCAUGAGUCAACUGCUGCCACCCUGCGCAAGAAGCAUGCUGACUCAGCGGCUGAACUGGGGGAGCAGAUUGACAACUUGCAGCGUGUCAAACAAAAGCUAGAAAAGGAGAAGAGUGAAUUGAAGAUGGAAGUGGAUGAUCUAGCUUCCAACAUUGAGUACCUCACAAAGAACAAGGCAAAUGCUGAGAAACUCUGCCGGACAUAUGAGGAUCAGCUAAGUGAAGCCAAAUCAAAAGUGGAUGAGCUCCAGCGUCAGCUGGCUGAAGUGAGCACCCAGCGUGGGAGAUUGCAGACUGAAAGUGGUGAACUUAGUCGGCUCCUUGAAGAGAAAGAAUCUCUUAUAAACCAGCUGAGUCGGGGCAAAACUUCCUUUACCCAAACCAUUGAGGAACUCAAAAGGCAGCUAGAAGAAGAGACCAAGUCCAAGAAUGCUUUGGCUCAUGCUUUGCAAGCAUCCCGCCAUGACUGUGACCUUCUGCGGGAACAGUAUGAAGAGGAGGUGGAAGCCAAAGGGGAGCUCCAGCGCUCUUUGUCCAAGGCCAAUGCUGAAGUGGCCCAAUGGAGGACCAAAUAUGAAACAGAUGCCAUCCAGAGAACAGAGGAAUUAGAGGAAGCCAAGAAGAAGCUGGCCAUCCGUCUACAAGAGGCAGAGGAGGCUGUGGAAGCAGCCCAUGCCAAAUGUUCAUCUCUGGAGAAAACCAAGCAUCGUCUUCAGACUGAAAUAGAGGAUCUGUCCAUUGACCUGGAGAGAGCUAACUCAGCUGCUGCUGCGUUGGACAAGAAACAACGCGGUUUUGACAGGAUCAUUGCUGAGUGGAAACAGAAAUAUGAGGAAACACAAGCAGACCUGGAAUCUUCUCAGAAAGAGUCCCGUAGCCUGAGCACAGAACUUUUCAAGCUCAAGAAUGCCUAUGAAGAGUCCCUGGAGAAUCUAGAGACUCUCAAGCGUGAGAACAAGAAUCUGCAAGAGGAGAUAAUGGACCUAACUGAUCAAAUUAGCAUGAGUGGAAAAACCAUCCAUGAACUUGAGAAACUGAAGAAAGGCUUGGAAACUGAAAAGAGUGACAUCCAAGCAGCCUUAGAGGAAGCUGAGGGAGCCCUGGAACAUGAGGAGAGCAAGACGCUGCGCAUCCAAUUGGAGCUGUCCCAGAUCAAAGCUGAUGUUGAUAGGAAGCUGGCAGAAAAAGAUGAAGAGUUUGAAAAUUUAAGGCGUAAUCAUCAGAGAACCAUGGAUUCUAUGCAGGCCUCAUUGGAUGCUGAAGCCAAAGCCAGAAAUGAGGCUACCAGGUUGCGAAAGAAAAUGGAGGGAGAUCUCAAUGAGAUGGAGAUCCAGCUGAGUCAUGCCAAUCGCCAGGCUGCUGAGUCUCAGAAACUGGUGCGGCAGCUCCAAUCCCAAUUGAAGGAUUUGCAGAUUGAGCUGGAUGACACUCUACGCUAUAACGAUGAUCUGAAGGAGCAGGCAGGUGCCUUGGAGAGGCGUAACAACCUAUUGCUGGCUGAAGUGGAAGAGCUGCGGGCAGCCUUGGAACAGGCAGAACGUGGAAGGAAAUUGGCUGAACAGGAGCUUAUAGAGGCAACAGAAAGAGUCAAUCUAUUACACACCCAGAACACAAGCCUAAUUAAUCAGAAGAAGAAGAUGGAGACAGACAUUUCACAGCUGAGCACUGAAGUGGAAGAGGCAGUGCAAGAAUGUCGAAAUGCUGAAGAGAAGGCUAAAAAAGCCAUCACUGAUGCAGCCAUGAUGGCAGAGGAACUGAAGAAAGAACAAGAUACAAGUGCCCAUCUGGAACGGAUGAAAAAAAAUAUGGAACAGACGAUCAAAGACCUACAAAUGAGGCUGGAUGAAGCCGAGCAGAUUGCCCUUAAAGGGGGCAAGAAGCAGAUUCAGAAACUGGAAGCCAGGGUACGAGAAUUAGAAGGUGACCUGGAUUUAGAACAGAAGAAGAAUGCAGAGAGCCAGAAGGGCAUUCGCAAGUAUGAGCGAAGAGUCAAAGAAUUGACUUAUCAGACUGAAGAGGACCGGAAGAACCUGGCACGAAUGCAGGAACUGAUUGACAAAUUGCAGAGCAAAGUCAAGAGCUACAAGCGACAGUUUGAGGAGGCAGAGCUACAAGCCAACUCCAACCUGGUCAAAUACCGCAAAGUGCAACAUGAGCUUGAUGAUGCUGAGGAACGAGCAGAUAUUGCAGAGACACAAGUGAACAAGCUGCGUACUCGCACUAGGGAAAUUCCUCUGAAGCAUGAAGAAUAAGAAACUCCAGUAUAACGUAUCUUCGAUGAAUAUGUCUAUGUAAUGGCUGCAACAGUCAUUUCUGUCUCUGUAGUGAAUAAACUCUAGUGCUCAUGA